CAGACAUCAAAACCACGUCUUUCAGAUGGCUGGGCGCAUUUGAAUCUGAUGGUAGCGGAAACCAGGGGCUUCUUCUGUGUCUUCUACUAACAGCCACAGUUUGUGUAGCUGCUACCGCCUGAAACAGUGACGCUAGCUUAUUUAAAGGCCGAUGUGGACUUCUGAAGAAGUGUGGCAUCUUCUCCAACGAGAAUAAUAAAGUCACCGUGCUGUGAACCAACAAAAGAACUGUAGACCUUAUCGAGAGAGGUUAACGUUUAACUUCGGAGCAAUAGGCUACUGAUAAUCGGCAUGAAGAUCUAGCUAGCUACCAAUGAAAAGUGUUGUAUAAAGUAGCCUAUUUCUGAAGAGCUCAACUGGACUGUUUGGAAAUUAGUUAACGUUUAUUCAAAAUUACAUUUGUUUUAAAAUUGUAACUCAUAUAUAGGCUACCUGCACCAUGACGAGAAGGUCCUGUGCAAUUUACGCAACUGGGAUUGUCUGCGCUCAUUUGCUGAUAGUUGGAAUCGCCUUGGUUGUGGCUCAAGUCUUCCAAACGCUGAUUCAUAACCGGUUAAAAAAGGAGAUGACAUUGACGGAGGGGAGCCGGGUGUUCGAUUCAUGGAAGGACCCCCCUCUUCCAGUUUACAUGCAGUACUUCUUCUUCAACGUCACCAAUCCUGAGGUCUUUCUAGAAGGUGGCAAGGCAGCUGUCACUCAGAUUGGCCCGUACACUUACAGAGAAUACAGGCCCAGGGAGAAUGUGACCUUUUUGGAGAAUGGGACGAAGCUCUCAGCCUUAAAUCCCAAAAGUUUUGUGUUCCUGCCAGAGAUGUCGGUGGGGGAUCCUGAGGUGGACCUCGUUAGGACCAUCAACAUCCCUGUAGUGGCGGUGAUGGACCAGGUGAAGUCCUACAACUUCGUUUUGAGCACGCUUGUGUCUAUAUGGAUGAACUCCAUUGGCGUAGAUUUGUUCAUGACUCGCACGGUUCAUGAGGUUCUGUGGGGCUUCAAAGACCCCCUGCUCUCCCGCAUCCAUCGCAUGAAGCCUGAUGUCGAUGAGUACUUUGGUCUCAUGUACAAGAAAAAUGGAUCUCAUGAAGGUGAAUUUGUUUUUCUGACCGGCGAGCAGGACUACAUGGACUAUGGCAGAAUAGACACAUGGAACGGCUUGAGUAAAAUGACGUGGUGGUCAUCCAACCAGAGUAACAUGAUCAAUGGGACCGACGGAAGUACCUUUCACCCCCUUCUGUCCAAGAAUGAGCUUCUGUACAUCUUUGCUGCAGACCUGUGCAGAUCGAUCCAUCUGGCCUUUGAGGAGGACGUGGAAGUGAAGGGCAUCCCCGCUUAUCGCUUUGCGCCCCCAAAGGAUGUGCUGGCUAGCCCCGAUGACAACCCCGCCAACGCCGGGUUCUGUGUGCCAGCGGGCGAGUGCCUCAGCACCGGGGUGCUGAAGGUCAGCGUGUGCCGGCAAGGUGCUCCUAUUGUGGUGUCCUUUCCACAUUUCUACCAGGCAGAUCAAAAAUACAUAAAUGCUAUCGAAGGCCUGACUCCAAACAAAGAGGACCAUGAAACAUACCUUGACCUGAAUCCGACAACAGGAGUGCCCAUCCGAGCCUCUAAAAGAGCCCAGCUGAACGUCCUGCUGAACCGAGUCAGCGGUUUUCCCAAAACAAAGCAUCUCAAAGAGACUGUCUUUCCAAUUAUGUUUGUAAACGAGACGGUGGUGAUCGACGACGAGUCGGCAGCGCAGAUGAGGACGCUGCUGCUGAUCGUGACGCUGGUUUCUAACUUCCCCCUGCUGAUCGUGGGCAUGGGGGUCCUGCUGCUGGUCGUGCUGGUCAUUCUGAUCUGCAGGUCCCGCCAGAAAAAGAAUGAAGUUAAGCGUAUUGAUUUUACUGAAGCUUUUCAUUCUUUUGGUACUGCAAAAGAAGACACAGCUUACACUCAAGUCAGCGAUAAAGCAGAAGAUCAUUCAGAGAACCACGCUGGCCAGCAGAUGAGAAACGGUUCAUAUAUAGCCAUGUCCCCAGUGGAAGCUCAGAAGUGUUGAGACUGGAUCACUCUGGUCAGUGUGUGGGGGUGGCGAUUGGCAUGGGGGAGAAUGAGGGUUUGGCUGGGGCAGGGGUUUGUUUUCUUUGUUUUUUUUUUUUUUUUCAGUUGGUGGUGGGGCUCUGCUCCAAUAAAUAUCCUCAAUCAAGAUGCUGCUGGCUUCUAUGACAUUCUUCAGCUUUCUCUGUUCUGCUGGGCUCUCUGCAUGGCCUCCCUGCUGGGCUCUCUGCAUGGCCUUCCUUCCUGCCACUUAGCGGAAGAAUUCCUUCGUUUUCUCUUCCUGUUCAGGCAGCUUCGCCAUUGGGCCCGUGAGGGCAGGAAGUGUAGCUGGGCACAGGCUGCUCUGCUGCAGGAAGUGGUAGGAUGAGCAGGAUGUUGUGUGAAUCCUGGGACACAUUACAGGGCAAAACAGCAGGGGCAGUGGGUCAAUGUGUGUGCGGUUCAGCCUGGUCAGCCUGGGCAUAAGCCGCUACUGGAAUAAUCCAUGUUCAUUAUAAUCCGUGUGCCCCACGACAUGCGAAGCUCACGCAGUAAAAUGUGAACAUUUCAGCAACAUUCCACACUACUUUGAUCGUCAAGCAAGGUCAGAAAAUGGAUGAGUUACUUGACAUCCGUGAGUUUCUCAUAUAUUUUUCAGAAUGGAAUAAGGGGCCGACUAUUUAAAAUUCAAAUCCUACAUGUGUCUGUAUUACACCUUUUUGUUUAGCGUUGUAAAAUAACUUCUUCCUCACACUGAGCAGUGGAUUUUGCCAUGUUAUUAUUAUGCCUGCAGUCUAGACUGUACAUUUUGAUAAACUUUUAUGUACUGGUAUUGACACAAUACACAGUUUAAAAAUUGCAUUAUAUUGAAGAAAGUUCCCCUUUUGAUGUCAAAAGACAUGAAAACCAUAUUUCAUAAUGAGAAGUAUUAUAUUUUGUGGGCGAACUUUUACUUUGCCAGUCUUCAUUGAGGAUUGAAUGAAUACAUCCAGAAAUCUGAGGUUAAGGUUUCCAUUAGAAAAAUGGCAUCUUCACCUUUGAACUGCUAGUCCAAUGGUGUCAACUGCUUAUUCAGGGUUUAUGGUUUUUGUUUCAGUUCAGGUCUUAAUGACUUGUGCCACUAAUUGGACUUGUUGUUCCCGGUACUAUUUGACAGGACAUAUAUCUCCAGUCCCCCUGCUGUUGUCCAGUGUUGUUACAUUGUUACAUUUAUCUCCUGAUGUAAGUCAACAAUUGAAAUAGCUAUAAGGCCUGGGGGAAUGAUGCAGAAUUUUACCUUAACUAAAACUCACACUUUUGAAAGUCUUUCCUGCCUGAGAAAUUUUAGUUGGGAUUUAUAUCUGGUGACAUGGAAGUUAAAUCCUUUGAAAGCAAUUAAAGGAAAUGCUAUUAAAGGAAUUCUAAAAUUUUAGAAUGUGAAUUAUGGGAGCUCUGAGCUGUUCUCUGACCAACACCGUCACUGAUUCUGCUUUCAGUGUUUGUGAUUUAACCAUCUGCAGCCUUUGCUUUCAUACUCUGCACGUACAAACUGAAACUGAGAAAGCACAAUGAGACUGCUGGCCUCCAGCAUUCAUCCUACACGGUGCAGUUUGGGUGUCAGCUGGACACUGUGCUGUUGGAAUCAUGGUUUCUGUGUGUUUGUGUGGUCAUAGGCAGCCUUGUUUCCUGGUCAUUUUUAUCCUCUGAUGCCUGAUCCAGAAUACGGAGAACUGGCCAUAAACUGUUAAACUUGGACAUUUUCUGCACUUUCAAAAAAAAAAAAAAAAGAAAAGAUCAUUAUUGAUCACCAUAACCAUAUUUCUUUAUUGAGUCCAUUUUGCAUUUCAGUGCCACACGUGGGCUGCUUUCUCAUAUUUGGAUGUUGGAGAUGAAUGGAUAUUUUGCAUUUUUUGUAUUAUACUUUGCAUUACAUUUCAUUUCAUUCAUGUCAUGUACUGCUGCUAAUGAAAGCCAUAGCUCCUGAACUAAUAUUGUAAUGGUCAUUUCUUAAUUGCCUAAAUGUGUUCUGUAAAAAAGUUUUCUUUUGCUUUGAAUUAAUCUCUGGGAUAUGUUUUUUUUUUUUUAAGGGUGGGGGGGCCUCAGGAAUUUUAUUGCCAUUACAGUCACUCAAAGGCCCUUCUAACUCGUAAAGGUCAGUGUGUUUUGAGAAUGAACCGCAGGAAAGUCUUACCCAGUGCAAAAACAUCUACUUAUACAUGCAUGGUGCUGCAACCAAUCAUAUUUUCUGAAUUUUCUCUUAUUGAGCAAACUUGUUUGAAAUGUAACUGGAAUAUGAAGGCAAUUGGUAAAUAUACAGAGAGAAGUAUCUGUUGCCUGUCUGUACAGCACAUUUUAUUCACUGCUGUCCAAAAUUGUCCUCAUUACUGUAAACAUCUAUGGUUGGAGCCAAAAACUUGAAGCAUGCCCAGUGUUUGGGUCAACAUUUUAUAUAUUUUUUAUGGUUGUGAUGAUGGGGAAGGUUUUAAACUUCAGGCAAAAUAAAUAAAUAAAUAGGUCAUAAUAUGGCAAUUUCUGUUGAAGGGAACAACAGGGGUACCAUCCAUGCAUUGGUGUGGUAUUGUAAGAAAGAACAGCUGUAUAACACUGCACCUUUGGAGAUGGUCCCCAAAAUGGCUUUGGCACUCUGACCAAGUUCUGUAGCUCUGUGCUAACGAACUUCCAGAAGUAUUGUGUUAUUAUUCUUGCACAUUUUUUAACUCAAAUAAUUAAAAUAGAUGAAUUAAUGAAUCCAUGAAUAAAUAAAACAUUGACUUAUUCAGUACUUAAGGUGAAGGAGAAAGGCUAUGACUAUUGGCAGUUUGGAUCAGAACCCAUAGCAUUGUAUUGCUUUGUUUACAUUGGUUUUUGAAUAUGAAGUGGUUUUUUCUGUUUUUUUUUUCUAUUUUCAAAAAGCCUUUGUGAAGAUCAAAGCCUAAAUUACAGCUGACCAUGGCCUUGUAACCGCUAGACUACUAUUGGCCUCAGGGGGUCACUACAUUCAUUCAAUAAGGGAGACCCACCUGUGACCUGAGUGACAGUGUAUGCCUGAGCCAUUACUUGCAAAUACUGAAUUUUCUACUGACUUUGACUCCAUUUACAUCCUUGUGCUUGACCAAAGAUAACAUGCAGUAGAUUCAGCUCAUGUUUACUAUAAAUUAAAUUCUACCAUAAUGCCAUACUUGUGUCCCCUAAGAAGAAGUGCAGCAGUGGAGUACAGAUGACUACAGUACUUAGGGGAAGUGUUGAUGAUCAAUAUGGUUCCCAAGUCAAAACAUAGGUAAUAUAGUGAUAAAAAAUAAAACAAUUCACAGAAUAAUAAUGUUUUCAUAGUACUUUUCCUGCGCAGGAUUAAUACUAAGGUAAUAAGUUGCCCUAUUUGCUAAAAUAGUAUUAUGAAUUGUUAAUGCAGCAAUACAAGGCUAUAACAAGUAUUUUAUAAUUAUAGCUUUUGUAAGCAAGCAGAUAUUUGUGUAACCAGAUAUUCUGAAUGCCAUUUUCAUUUCAUGAAUUUGUGUUAUUUUUUGUGUUGUUUUUGGACCUUCUUGAAUGAGCAACACUAAUUAUUUUGUAGUAGUGGCGAGGCUAUAGGGCACACACGUGAUGUAUAAAUGCAAAUAAAUUGUCUCACAAUUUUCAGUGUGAAUUUUGCUGCCCCCUUGCCUCCCAUCUCGAGUUAGUAGUUGAUAUUUGGAGAAGACUUGCUCUACCCAGGUCCUGGCAUCUUCCCCAUCUUAGCAGCCAUUUAGUGACCAGAUUUAAUUGUCUGGCUGUUACACUAAUUUAGCUCCCCAUGUGAAAAAAUAGUAUGCUGAAGUAUACUAUUUCACACUUAGAGUGCUUGAAGUAUAAUUAAAGUUUAUGCCAAGUAUUCUUAGUGUACUAUUUUUUCACACCGGUCUUCAUCCCAGUGUUUAUGCAAUGCUGGUUGGGAGCAAGCCUUCCAGGACCUGGCCGAGUUGUCUUCAUCUGCUACAUUCAGCCACUCAUAUUGAACCCUGAACAUUUUCCUAACAGGGAACCUGUGAUUUGGAGUGAAUUGUAAGCAGUUCCAUGGGGGUUGUGCCUGUUCACACUGAAUACAUGAGAACCAAUUUAUAGUCCUUCAAUCCCUGAAAGCUAACCAAGUUGAGUUCUUUGGAUGUAUGUGCAAAAGAAAAUGUACAGAUUUACUUUUUGUAAUUGUGUAUUGUCUUUGGCUUUUUGUGUGUGUGUGUGUGUCUGUAUGGGGGGGGGGGGUUAAUCUUUUGCUGUUCUGUAGGAACAGAUGCACUGUUUUGUUAAACCAGUAACUGGACUGAGAUGUGGAAGGUUGUGAGGUGGGGUCAGACCUGUUCGAUGAAUGACGCCCUACUCCAGGGCAGACCUUGAAAGGCUUGGCAUAGGCGUUUACUUGUUUUGCUUCUCGAGUCAUUCGAGCAAAUUAGCAACCGUUUUCUCAUAUUCGGCUGCACUUGAACUGAAAUGUUUGAUUAAAAUCAUCUUUCAAACAUUUCUAAUGUCUUCUGAGAAUUCUACCCCCUAUUGCUGCUGAAAAAAGACAAUCUUCACAUGCCAUCUUGGGUGCAGAAAUCCUCUCAGAAAUGCCCAUCUUUGGUUUUGAUAUUAACACUGCACAAAUGUUUCUACAAUGCUUUUGUAAACAUUUUUAGUGUAUUUACAAAAAAUAAUAAAAAUCAAAUUUUUGAGCUGA